UCUAACUCACUUCCUUUUUUCUUUGUGAGUUUCGAGAAUAUCCCCAUUCAUAGGUCUGAGAUCCACAUCUAUGAAUUGAAAGGUCCGAACGAUCAACCCUGCAAUCAGUUGUUAGAAUCAAUAGGUCUUCAAAUCGUUCAUUUUAAAAAAUUGAAACCCUUUUUAUUGGAUGAUCAUAAUACUUCUCAAAAAUCGAAAUUCUUGAUCAAUGGAGGAACAAUAUCACCAUUUUUGUUCAAUAAGAUACCAAAGUGGAUGAUUGACUCAUUCCAUACUAGAAAGAAUCGCAGGAAAUCUUUUGAUAACACGGAUUCCUAUUUCUCAAUCGUAUCCCACGAUCAAGACAAUUGGCUGAAUCCCGUGAAACCAUUUCAGAGAAGUUCAUUGAUAUCUUCUUUUUCUAAAGCAAAUCGACUUCGAUUCUUGAAUAAUCCACAUCACUUCUGCUUCUAUUGUAACAAAAGAUUCCCUUUUUAUGUGGAAAAGGCCCGUCUCAAUAAUUCUGAUUUUACGUAUGGACAAUUCCUCACUAUCUUGUUCAUUCACAACAAAAUAUUUUCUUCGUGUGGUGGUAAAAAAAAACAUGCUUUUUUGGAGAGAGAUACUAUUUCACCUUCGUCAAUCGAGUCACAGGUAUCUAACAUAUUCAUAUCUAACGAUUUUCCACAAAGUGGUGACGAAAGGUAUAACUUGUACAAAUCUUUCCAUUUUCCAAUUCGAUCCGAUCCAUUAGUUCGUAGAGCUAUUUACUCGAUUGCAGACAUUUCUGGAACACCUCUAAUAGAGGGACAAAGAGUAAAUUUGGAAAGAACGUAUUGUCAAACUCUUUCAGAUAUGAAUCUAUCCGAUUCAGAAGAGAAGAGCUUGCAUCAGUAUCUCAAUUUCAAUUCAAACGUGGGUUUGAUUCACACUCCAUGUUCUGAGAAAUAUUUACAGAGGAAAAAACGGAGUCUUUGCCUAAAAAAAUGCGUUGACAAAGGGCAGAUGGAUAGAACCUUUCAACGAGAUAGUGCUUUUUCAACUCUCUCAAAAUGGAAUCUAUUCCAAACAUAUAUGCCAUGGUUCUUUACUUCGACAGGGUACAAAUAUCUAAAUUUGAUAUUUUUAGAUAUUUUUUCAGACCUAUUGCGGAUACUAAGUAGCAGUCAAAAAUUUGUAUCCAUUUUUCAUGAUAUUAUGUAUGGAUUAGAUAUAUCAUGGCGAAUUCUUCAGAAAAAAUUGUGUCUUCCACAAAGGAAUCUGAUAAGUGAGAUUUCGAGUAAGUCUUUACAUAAUCUUCUUCUGUCCGAAGAAAUGAUUCAUCGAAAUAAUGAGUCAUCGUUGAUAUCGACACAUCUGAGAUCGCCAAAUGUUCGUGAGGUCCUCUAUUCAAUCCUUUUCCUUCUUCUUGUUGCUGGAUAUAUCGUUCGUACACAUCUUCUCUUUGUUUCCCGAGCCUAUAGUGAGUUACAGACAGAGUUCGAAAAGAUCAAAUCUUUGAUGAUUCCAUCAUACAUGAUUGAGUUGCGAAAACUUCUGGAUAGGUAUCCUACAUCUGAACAGAAUUCUUUCUGGUUAAAGAAUCUUUUUCUAGUUGCUCUGGAACAAUUAGGAGAUUGUCUAGAAGAAAUACGGGGUUCUGGCGGCAACAUGCUAUGGGGUGGUGAUCCCGCUUAUGGGGUCAAAUCAAUACGUUCUAAGAAGACAGAUUUGAAAAUAAACUUCAUCGAUAUCAUCGAUCUCAUAAGUAUCAUACCAAAUCCCAUCAAUCGAAUCACUUUUUCGAGAAAUACGAGACAUCUAAGUCAUACAAGUAAAGACAUCUAUUCAUUGAUAAGAAAAAGAAAAAACGUGAGCGGUGAUUGGAUUGAUGAUAAAAUAGAAUCCUGGGUCGCGAACAGUGAUUCGAUUGAUGAUAAAGAAAGAGAAUUCUUGGUUCAGUUCUCCACCUUAAGGGCAGAAAAAAGGAUUGAUCAAAUUCUAUUGAGUCUGACUCAUAGUGAUCAUUUAUCAAAGAAUGACUCUGGUUAUCAAAUGAUUGAACAACCGGGAACAAUUUACUUACGAUACUUAGUUGACAUUCAUAAAAAGUAUCUAAUGAAUUAUGAGUUCAAUACAUCCUGUUUAGCAGAAAGACGGAUAUUCCUUGCUCAUUAUCAGACAAUCACUUAUUCACAAACUUCGUGUGGGGCUAAUAGUUUUCAUUUCCCGUCUCAUGGAAAACCCUUUUCGCUCCGCUUAGCCCUAUCCCCCUCUAGGAGUAUUUUAGUGAUAGGUUCUAUAGGAACCGGACGAUCCUAUUUGGUCAAAUACCUAGCGACAAACUCCUAUGUUCCUUUCAUUACAGUAUGUCUGAACAAGUUCCUGGAUAACAAGCCGAAAGGUUUUUUUCUUGAUGAUAUCGAUAUUGAUGAUAGUGACGAUAUUGAUGCUAGUAACGAUAUUGAUCGUGAACUUGAUACGGAGCUGGAGCUUCUAACUAUGAUGAAUGCGCUAACUAUGGAUAUGAUGUCGGAAAUAG